CUUCAUGUACUGACUCUAAUCACGAGAAGAAAAGUUGAAUUAUACAUUGAAAAUCCAAAACGUCAUGAGAUCRUCAUGAAUGCUCGCUCUAUCAAAAGAGUAUGUGUCAAUAAUGUAUAAACCAMARGUAACAAAAAGUAUUUAUUUGAAAUAACGCCAGAGAAAGMUAAAAACGCAGAAAAAUGGAUGAUUUAUGUAUGGGAACUUUGCGUGRCARCUGUCACUUGAAACCAUAGAUGCAAAUGUUAACAGUGAGUUUCAUAUGAGCACAGUCACAAAGCCAAAAGUGGAAAAGUGAUGUUUAACAGGAACCAUUCGCCACCCCUACUCGGCUGUCAAUUGUGAUAAAUCGGGAUAGUUUACAGAAUGAAUCAGAAUAAAUUCAUCAAAUAUUUGUCAACAUUGGAAAAGUGAUGUUUAACAGCAACGUGAAGAUGAUUUGAUAUUUCAUUGCAAGUUUUGUCGCGGAUUGGAUGACGUUUUAAAGCAAGCUGUUGUUAGUUUCAAGCCAUUAAGAAAAUCGCUUUGUACUCYAAUACAGAGAAAUCUCAUUUCAAGGGACAUAUCAUGACGAACUUUAUUUUCCGCAAUCACAUUCCGUUGGGAAUAGUCUUAUUUCUCAUGUCAUCGUGUCAUUUCUCUUCGUCUAUCGAAGUCAACAUCACUAUUUUCCGAAACUCCACGAUUCCUCCAUGGASAAAUUCACGUGACAGAUUCAAUAUUUCGUCAAGAGAGAAGUGCGAUAAUAACAGUGAUGUUUGUACAACGUUUGGCGGCACUAAAUUACAAGACAACUGUCAAUGYACUUGCAGUGAAGAUAAAAGUACUUUUGGAUUUUAUGAUGGAAAGUGGAAAUGUACAAAGAACUCGGUUGUGCGACAGCAUUCAGGCUGCUCGUACUACUUACAUAGUUUCUAUAGCGGCCAUUUACAGGACGCUCCAUUAUAUACCUUACCAGUUCUUGGUCCUGCUAGAGAUAUCAACUUUGUCAGAGGUAUUCCAAGAGGUAAAAGCUGCAAUUUCGUUAAGAACAAUGCCACGUUCUUGAAGUGCGAUGGAACCUGGGGCCAACUAAACGAGCAGAAUUUUAAAGACGUUUUAGUAUUGGCGUUAUCAGGGCAAUUUCUUUACGUUGGUCCGUUCAUCGACCCACCGCAACGAAAAAAUGUUUUAACUGGUAACCUCAUCAGAAUUCCUAUCGAAUGCAGUGGUAUCACCUGGUCUCCAUCUCAGUGUGUGGCUCUGAAACUGAAAGGAAAAAUAAAUUGUGUAUUAGUAAAUACAACCACUAACUACGAUAAAUCACCUCAAUCAACACUGACACCACCAGAAACUACAGUAAAUAGUAAGACUACAACCAUCUCUAAUAACUCUAAGCCAAAGAAAGGGUCAUCGUCUGACAAGUAUACUGGAAUCAUCGUUGGAUCCGUCAUUGCUGUGAUUGCAGUUAUACUCAUUGUCGUACUGGUCUUACUCUACAGAAAGCGACAACAGAAAUCUAGGCAAAGAAGCAACACAAAUCAAAAUUCCAGUGAUUCUACUCACGAGUACGAUUAUGCUGAUAUGGAUGGCGAUCUACAAGCUCGUUCCACUAAUAACGCUUCGAACGAAAUGCAACAGCGUUCAAUCCCAGACACAUUUGAGUAUGAUUAUCCUUCUUCUGUUCCAAUUUCCAGUCAGAACAGAGUACAAGGAACACGCCAGCGUGCAAUCCCAGACUCAGUGAAUACUAGUCAACCUAACAAAGACAACAUCACCUCAUCAGAUYACAAGCCAAACGAAUGCAGCAAAAACGAAGAACUUGUACAUGGGCCCACAUCUGAGCCUGCAUACCAACCUCUAGAAAUAAAGUCUCUUAAAGAUAGCAUGUACCAGCCAUUGGAUAGAUCAUCAGGAAUAGCUGCUGAUGACCAAUACGAAAACUG